UUGGUCACGUGAUCCGCCGCCAUGGCAACAGUUAAAGUAUCGCUCGGUCCGGUUGAAGGAGCAGCUGAUCUGUUUCUGCUCAAAUAUCGCUGCACUUAUUUAAAACUAUACAUUUGUGACCUGACACCGGGUGGGACAGCCUCCAGCGAGGAGCGAGGACCCUUUGAGCUGUGUUUUACCUCAAAUGUCGCAGUAAUUUCUAAAUCAAAGCGAGCGCGAGCCGAAACACCACCAUGAGUCGCCGCAACACCGGCGGACUUUUGUCCACCUACAACAGCCUCACGGACAAACAUCUUGCCAAUUAUUUUAGCAACACUCGAAUCAGGAGGCACCUGCAGAGAGCAGGACUGAUCACCAGGAGUGGACGAAUUGUUCCAGACAAGGAGUACAAACACAAGCUGAUCCAAAGAGCCCAUCAGAGACACAUCAGAGACUGCCUGGCCCAGGCCUUUUUCCACAAAAUGAUGGAGAUGGAGCGCGUCCACAAGACUGAAAUCCAAAGGAACCUGGAGGAGUUUGUACGAAGGGAAAGAGUGCACAGAAUGAAGGUGGAACGCUCCAAAAAAUACAAGGAGGACACGAUUCCCAUCCUGCCUCCACAUCCGCCUUUGAGGGCUCGGGACAUCCAGAAACAGCACUCUGUGCCAGAAGAAGAGCAUUCUGAAUCCUCUGGGUCUCCGAGCUCGUCCCGACCCAACACAGCUCCAGGGAAGAUGCAGAGGCCGGCGCGCCUGAAGCCCAUCCACAGUAACAGCACCACAGCUUCACUCAGACGCAGCUCCCUCUACAGACCCCACAAGUCUCCACACGAGGACGAGCAGCUGUUCCAAGCCACAAUGGACAAGAAACCCCGCAGGCAUUUGACAACAAUGGAGGCUAUUCAGGGCAUCUCGCCCCACUGCCUCCCAGUCAUCAACAACUAUGUCACACCAGUGCCUCCAGUAACAAAGAAGAAGCAGAAUGGGGUAAAGGCCACCCCCAGCAGCACCGUCAGAGGCCGCAGACUGCGCCCCUACACCUCGUCCAGRGGAGCUGACGACCCCCCAUGGUUAAGGAGCUCGGUUCACCAGACCAAAGUGCGUUUGAACAUGGUGUACUUUGGUAAAACGGUGCACCUCACCAAUGACCUGCUGGACCUGAGGGACGAGGUCAAAGUGUUUCAGCAGCACUGUGGAGGAGAAAACCUGUGUGUCUAUAAAGGAAACCUCCUUGAGGGAGAGACGUUUCAGUUCAUUUCGAGGCGACACAGAGGGUUUCCCUUCAGCUUGACCUUCUACCUAAAUGGGCUUCAGGUGGAGCGGCUGAGCUCCUGCUGUGAGUUCAAACACAGCAAAGGCUCCAGACUCGGCGGACGACAUGGACACUUUGGUUUUUCCAGCGUGGAGGACGCCACCCCCUGCUACAAGUGCAUCAUAGCGAUGGGGCUUGCAAAAAAGCCCACUCCUCCACCCAAGAUAGAGAAAGAAGACAAUACACAAGAACAGUCAGCCAACAGCACAUUAGAUGCUCCUGAGARGGAGACAGGAAGGACUGGGUGGGAUACCGCCUCCCACUUUGAACCUAAAACUAGUCAACAACGUGGUCCAGAUGCUCAAAUCCAGGAACAGACUGCACCUGGGAGAGACAAAGUCAGAGAGGAUUAUGAAGAGGACUUUGAAGCAGAUGAUGAAGGCCCUGUAGAAGAAGCAACGGUUGAAGAGGAGAAAUCCCCAUCUCCAGUCAGGGAAACUGAAACGCUGGUUCAAGAGGAAAACGUCUCUGAAACUGAUGACAAUGGUAAUGAUGAAGACACCGUGUCUUGUUCAGGCUCAAGUAUCUCAAGCAGCGAUCAGGAGGAAAGCGACGCCGAAACCGUGAACGACUCCACGAAAGACGAGGAAGAAMGUCCACCUAAAGACGACGAUGAUGUCGAGGAAACGGCUGCUGCCACGGAUCAGAACGAAGAACCCAAAUCAGACGAGACCGCAGCCGCCAAGGUCGAGGCGACUUCUGACAGCGCCGGCGAGAGCACAGAGAUAGAAAUCUCUGACACCAGCACCACACCAGGGAGCGGGACUAAACAGAGCGAUGACGCCUCCGAGGACAAAAACAAUGAGGAAACGGUUCACGAGAACAAAACGGAGGAUGAAAAGGACAGGGCCAAAUCUGUGCAGGAGAAGCUGGCAGAAGCCAUUUUGAAGGAGUCCCAGUGCAGCACUGAGCCUGAACUGAGCGACACCAGCACAGAGGAAGAGGAGGGGCCCACAGCUAAAGACCCCCAACAGGAGAACAAUGAUCAAGAACAGACUGUUUUAAAGGASACAAAACGUGAGGAACCUGUUACUGAUGAAGUGGCACAGAAACAAGAAGAGUCACCUGAAGCAAAAGAAGAAGAAGAGGAAGAGGAGCAACAGCCUCCUGACAAGAGUGAAAGCAUUAAAGAUGAGGUCAGUGAGGCUGAGGAAGACGGAAAGGCUGCAGAGGAUGAAGUCACAGCAGAGGCAGAUCAAUCUGAGGAACCAAAUGAAACCCAGCUUCAUGUAGACGAUGAAGAUGUUGCUCAGGAUGAUCAAACUGAAGAUCCCUUUGAUGGAAGGAAGCCUGCUYAGGCUUCAGAGGACAGUGAAGAAAYGGAGGGGAAGGUUGUUGUGGAGGCUGACGUUCACACUGAUGAGACGGGGCAAAAGGCAGAAAGCAAAAAAGAGGAUGAGUCAUCCGGAUUAGAGACAGAGGCAACAGCAYCAAGCGAGACAAUGGAGAUCAAAGCAGAGUCCUCGGAGGGGCGAGAGGCCCUCAGCUUUGAAGAGGCACCUGAAACCCACGCAGAGAGGAGGCAGCAGGCAGACGGCGAGGACGACACCGCGGCGUCACAAACCGAAGUCACCGCUGAGAAUUCAAGCCGCUCGCCUGAGGAGGCUGCAGCCUCCACGGAGGGGAGAACAGCCAACGAACGUGAAGAAAUGACGAAAGACGAGAGCAACGAGGGUGAAAUUAAAGAGGAAGCUCAGGAACAAACAUCAGAAACCGACGAACAAAAGAACGACGACGAGCAGGAGGAGUGUGAGCCGGAGGAGGAGGAGAAGAUGGAAAUAAAUGAAAAAGUACAUGAAAACACGAAGCAGCAGGAACCCGAGGAAGAACAAAUUCAAAUGAAUUCAGACGAGAUAACAGUUGAAAAUACACAGGAAACAGAACUGAAGCAAACAGAAAACAUUACUGAUGACAGUAAGGUGGAGAACCGUACAGACACGAAUGAAAACAUCACAGAAAGUCAAAGCACAGAAAAUGAAGAAAAUGCAAAACAUCUCCAAGCUGUAAAUAUAGYGAACAUAGAGGAGGCAAGAAGUGAGAAUGCUGAGGACAGUGAAUGUGUCAAGAAUCAAAGUGAAGGAGGUGAUGACUGUCAGAACAAAAACCUGACUGAGACAAACACGGCUUCUGAAGAAAACAACGACGGAGCAGGAGAGUCUGAGAAAGCUGAGAACGAGGAGAAAGUUACAGAAUCCGAAGCUGAAGAAAAAGAUGUAAGAGAAGGAGAAGAGGUGUCUGAGAUUACAGAAAAACAAGAGAAAAGUGACGACGAAGAAGAAAAUAGAAUAUGUGCUGAAAACACUGCUGAGUCGGCGGAUUUGUGCGACAGUGAAGCAGCAGAGACGCACGAGGUGCAAAAUGUCACAGAAAAUGAAAGUGACGAAGGGGAAACUGCAGGAGCGAGUGAAAAUGGAGCGAUCAAUGCUGAAAAUGGGGAGGUUUCUUUUGCAGAUGAGAGCCAUUCUAACGAGGAUGAGGAAGAAGCUCCAGCCAAAAUAAACACCGACUCUGAGAGGAUGGAACAAGCCAAAGAAAAACCAGAAGAACGUGGAGAGGAGAGCUCAGAGGGAAAAGAUGUAAAGCCUGAAGAAGCUGCAGAAGAGCUCGAGAAUGACAUAUCUGGUGCGGCUCCUGAUACUGAUCUCACACAGAGCUCCAGUAAAGAAGGUGAUGACAGCGAGGCAAAGCACCAUGAAACCAAAGACAACCCAGAGCUGGACAUGUCUGAGCCAGGAAUAAAAGAAUUAGAAGAGAAGAAGGGCGAUGGAGAAACAGAGAGGGAUAAAAACAAAACAUUAGAAAACAUUGAGAACAUCGGUGAGUUUGUGCUUUCAGAAGAUCAGGAAAAAUCUUCAUUACCAACAGAUGAUGACGGUGAUGCAGUUAACCAUUUAGAUGAAGAGAAGGACAGUUCAGUGUCYGACAAGAACCCUGAAAAUGCUGCUGAUGGAGAGACUGGAGGAGCUGCAGAGGAGGCCAGCAAGGCCUCGGAGGAAGGAGCGAGUGUUCUCCUCAAACCUUCAGCACAAAACAAGGUGGCAGAACAGAGCGUCACUGUGAGGGAGGAGACUCCAGAGACACUAACUAACAUAGAAAGUACAGAUAUGGUCACAAACUGGAUCAUGAUGCACCAGUCGUCUAAGUACUUUGAGACGUUUGUUGAGCCGUUAGAAGAUCUGAGGGAAGAGCUUUUAGAUAUAAAAGCAUCCAACUCAGAUGACAAUGAAACACCAUCUACAGAGCCACCAAAACCAGAGGGUCCAACGAAUAUGGCGAAGAUGUUUGGGAAUGAAGGAGAGCCAAGGGCCACAACUGAAACAGAAACUGAGGACCUUGAAAACAUCCAAGAUGAUCAGUAUGACCCAGUUCAAGCUGCUCUGCAGGGUGAGGAGAACCAUGUAGCAUCCAAUGAAGAAACUCACCAAAGUGGUCAUGAAGGAGAUGUGGAAAAAGACCAAGAUCAAGAUGGACCAGCCAAAGAAACUCAUGAGAAAACAGAAGCAGGAAGCUUCUCAGGCUCCCUCAACGCUGAGCGUGUUUUCGGGACCCAAAGUGGUGAAAAGGUUGCCAGCGUUGGAUCAGCUCCACAAGCAGUCGCUGCCCUGUCUUUGACAACUGAAGGGUUUCUUGAGUCAGCGAACAACGCAGGUCAGACAGACGAUCGGACAGGUCAAAUCACCACGCUCUCCACAUCCAAACCAGCUGAUGGAAGCCAAGAGGAGUCGGGCGAUGAGGACGCCCAUCCAGAAACGUUAGGAGACCGUUUCAGUGGAGAGACGAGAGCCGUGGAGCUCAUCAAACAGUUCAGUAACGACCACCUGAACUCCUUCUCAGUGGACAGAGCACUGUUCGCUCACACCUCGUACCCUUUARCCUUAACUUCAGGCGCUGAGAGUGGACCGUAAAGGUAGAAUGAUAGUUUGCUCUCAUUUAGUUUUGUAUAGAUGCAUAUGUAGGCUGUGUGAACACAUGGCUUUAGGUUCGAUAGGGUUUUCUAACAGUUUCUAGGGAUGGGCAUUGCAAAUUAGCUCUGGCUAUAAAUGUUGUAGUGUAUAGUAUUAAUACUUGACACGUGUCCCUAUUCAAAUAAACAAUAAAUGAAAUGAAACGAACCGAACUGAAAAAGGAAAAUAUCUAUAGACUGAGCUCAUUUAUAGUUAAAGCAAACAAGUUGCACAAAAUGUUUCAGCUGCUGGAUUCAGUGUUUACAGCAGAUCGCCUCUUCCUAUUGUUAGUGUGUCUCCAGCUUGGUAUCAAGUACAGCUGCUAUCAUCUGUUACCUGUAAACAGAUACUGACCUACUCACAGAUGAUUGAAUAAUUCAUGUCAGACUCUUUAGUUAGCCUCUCUUACACUUUACAUUUCCAGCGGGCGGAGAUGAGUGACCCAGCUUUCAUCAGAGAUCUGUAAUCCAAGCUGUCCGCGACCAUCUCUGACCACCCUCUGAAACUUUAUCAACAAGGGGAACAUUAAGCUGAUGAUGAGUCCAUUAAUGUCAAGUGAUCCUUACAAAUGAAACUACCUCUAUUUAAAGACCUUUUUAAGCAUUAUUUUGCUUGUUAAGCUUGUGUUUAGGGUUAGUUUGGGUUUGUAAUGCUUCGUGAUUCUGUGUGAAUGAGCCAAAACCAAAAUAAAGUUACUGAGACUGGA